AUGCAUUCUGUAACUGCCUUUCAGGACUCGUACCUCGACUAUCUUAAAUCGAAGUAUCCGCGAUGGAAUUGCUCAUUAGCCGGACGCACUUUCGGUUCGUCGAAAGACGUUAUGAUGAAUCGGCUCGCAAUCUCUGAUUACAAUUGGGAUGAGGAUUGCGACCGACAACAGAGAGUGCAACGGUUCUCAAAGCAACCGCAGCUAUACCAAGACAUUCCCAAUGUAGGCCCAUUUUUAAUGUCAGACGUUGCUCGAGUGAGACGACGAUUGAAAGAGAUAGCACAUCAACUAGAUGUCAUGAGAGAAACACGUAUGAAUCUUACCACCGAAGAUUAUUUCAGAACACGAGUUGAUCUCGAAGGUGUAGUCAACAAGUAGCU